GGGGGUAGUUAGGUCAUUCAUGGCCUUUUGGCUUCCCGGUUAAAUGGUCCCUUUAUGAUUCCCUCCCCCGUACCUACAAAUAUGUGCAUGUAUGCUUCUGCACCCCCAGCGUCAAUAAUUUAGUUCUUCGUUCGCCCUUUAUUUUCAUGCUGUCAAACACGCACCAGGGCACGUUUCUCAUGCACCGUCAUUAUCGCUAUCACUAGGACCAGGACUGCCUUCGGCCUCGAUAUAUAUACAUAACCUGCAUAUAUAUAACUGCUGCAGCAUAGCACUUUUACAUAUUCUCCUUUUCCGCUCCAUCGCCUUCUCUCUUCUCUGUGUUAUUUGAUCUCCUUGCCUUCCGCCGGUCCUCUCACUCGACCAUGAGACGACAAUAAUCUUACCUUGCAUCCAUACAUACCUCUAACUACCCUCCGGUUCAUGUGCAUGGCUGGGCAGUAUGGGAUUGCUGGUCUCUACACAAGGCCUGCCGUCUAGCCUUCAUGUUGCUCGAAGCCAGCGAGACUUUGCGUUUGAGCGAACCUUUAGCCAUGGCAGCAAAUCAGCCAUGAUCCUAAGCACAGCCGGCAUCUUCUCCGGACUCUCGUUUCUGAUUGUCAUGCUCCGGUGCUAUACUCGGUUCAACCUACUAAGACAUUGUAGGCCGGAUGAUGGUCUGCUGGUUGUGGCGACAAUAUUCUCCUUUGUGUGUAUAGCAUUUUUGGUAGACGAGUCACGGCAUGGCCUUGGUAAAUAUACGGAUGACAUGUCGAUUCCUGACAUCGAGCGACUAGCCUUGAUAUCAUACAUCCAUUGGAUAUUCCUGAUAGUAGCCAAGUCGAUGGUGAAAGUCGCAAUAUGUUUCCAGUUUCUUCGAGUACCGCAGCCAAAGGGUUGUUUGCUGCUGGUUAGGGGUUUGAUGGGACUUGUCAUAGUGACGACCAUAUCGCGGCUUGGCCCGUUUAUCUUUCGAUGUCGGCCCAUCAAGGUAUACUGGACAUACUCCAUGUCUGACGAAACUUGCAUUGGGAGCAAGGCGAUGUCCGUUAUCAGUGUGGUCAUGUGUGGACAGGAUGUAUUGACAGACUUGAUUCUCACCAACCUACCGCUUUACUAUUUCCCACCCAGGAGCCUAGUACGGCGUGCAGGCGUUGUCCUCGCAGGCAUCGUGGGAUUGGGAUAUCUUGUCUAUCUAGACAGUGGGUAUCGGGGUGAUAUCUUCUUCCUCCUAAGCACACUCGAGCUCCAUAUCGCCACGAUAGCAUGUUCAAUACACACCCUUCGCCCCUUAUUCGAGAGCUACAGCGACGCUAUAUUCAUCAGUCGGUACGACAAUGACGGCCACAACCUUGAAUAUGACGACACCUCCUCAACCAGUCCCGGCGACGGUUCUAGGAUACGAAUGAUCUCGAUAUCCAAAUAUGCACCCAACAGACUAACGUUUGACGACGACCGGCUCAGUCCAAUCGACAGCUACGACGGCAAGAACAGGGGGCCACACUGCAGUACAAGGGUGGGCAGCAGUGGGCCGGCAUUAUCAUCGGCAACAGCGUGCGAGUAUAAAGUUGAAGUUAGCGCUUCUAGGGUAUCAUCUCCAGGGUCUUAUCAUCUGCCUCCUUUCUUCAAGGAUUCUCAGAGCAACGGCGCACUUCGAAACGGCAGCGAGACACAACGAGGCGCACUUCCCGGGAUAAUGUGUACGACAGACGUAUAUGUUCGUAUGGAUACCCCGUCGGAAAAGGCGAGCGUACAGAGAGUCUAGCCUGGUUUUAAAAUAUUUUUGGCUGAAGCGUUUUCUUGUAUACAUAGUUAGUAGAACUAAUCGUAAUGCAGGUUUCCCGCUCUUCGGGUGAAUCGUGUGGUCAGGGAUUAUCAAGCUUAAAUCACAUCAGCACCAUAUGCAGUAAAGCAGCUGUCUCCGUCAGUCUCAGGGGCCUAUAUAAGUUUGAUGUCCAUGGGUGUUGUUGGGUUAGGAAGGCUAGGGUCGUGCAAAGUCCGUUUCACAGGGCACUCUACAGGCCGUCACAACGGAGUCCAUGCCGAGAAACGUCUGCUUAUUCGAGUAUAUAACCAAUAUAUAGGCACCCAAAAUCUCAGCCCCUAAAGCCUUUAAGUGUUAAUAGGACGACUUGUUGUUGCAGCGAAGGAUGUGCCGUCGUCGAUGGGAUAAGGGGGUCAGCUCUGGCGUCGUCGAGACAGGGAUACCACCGUCAUCGUCAUCGGUCUGGCCUGUCGAACACAAACGCACAUAGCGAGUAGGAAUCCAGGAUGGCGUUCCCCAUGUCUGGUGCUCUGCUGUCUUAUCUUCUUGCUUGUCUUUGCGGUCGUGAAGUCGAAGGAGCAGCAGCAUUAAAGUCGAUCAACAGGGAGGUGAGGUUUUGCCGCGGUAUUGUAAUUUUACGGGCGAUACCCUGCAAAGCUUCGCCAACCAAGCUUUUCCUGCGCUUCAGAUACUUCGCCA